CACACUGACACACACACACAGACUGAGGGACAUACACACUCACACACUCCUACCCACACACACUCACACACAUACACUUAGCGAGUCUGAGAAACAGAGAUUUACAAGUGCAAGCAGCGAAAAAGUCUUCUGCGCCCAAAAAUAGAGUGAAAUGUGCAUAUUGUUGUUGUUGUAAAGCAGGAUAUAACGGAAACUAACCUACAUUUUCGCGCUCUUUCGCACGCUUUCGCACAAGCCAAGACCAAACUAACACAUACACAGCAACGAACGAACGAACGAACAAACACGCACGCACACACUUACAGUAACUGUGACGCCUGUGCUGUUGCGCGCUCGCUCGCACGCGCUUCAAACCAGAAAAAGAAAUCAACAGUAAAUUGUAAUAACACUUCUCGGCUUGAGGUGUGUGCGUGCAACGCCGCCGUCGUCGUCGUCGUCGUCGUCGUUGCCGUUGUCGUCGCCGUCGUCGUCGCCAUUUGUCGUGGUAUGCGUGUGUGUGUGUGUUUGUGUGUCAAACAAUGUGCGUGCCAGCGCUGUUUUCAUUUUUGUUGCUUUUGCCAGCGCCGCUGUGCUUGCUGGGCCAGCAUUGUUGCAUAGAGAGUUGCGACUAAAAUAAAAAUGUAAUUAAUGUAAAAUAUAUACAUACAUACAUACAACAACAACAGAAGCAGCAGCAAGCAACAAGAGUUGAAGAAGAAGAAGAAGCAGCAGUAACAGAAAGCGCAAUAAUAAUAACAAAAGUGUGCCCAGCUGCGGCCAAUUGAAGUAGCCGCUGUAAAAGGAGAAGGGAGCAAAAGGAGAGCAGAAGAGCCAAUUGCAACAAUCGAAUGCAGCCUGCAUAUGUAUGUAUAUAUUGGUAUGUGUAUGCGCGUGUGUGUGUGUGUAUAUAUAAAUAGUAACUAGUGCAUUGGGCAAAUUGAAAUGUAAAUACACACAAACAAACACACAGACACACACUCACACACAUAUGCGUGUGCGCGCGCCUGUGUGCAUAUCCUGUGCGUUGUUCAGCGAUUACAUAAAGAAAACAGCAGCAACAACAACUGCAACAACUGCUACAAACAAAUGCAAUAAAAAGCAAUUAAACAUCUUUUAAGUAAGCCCUAACUACAAAAGCACAAAAUGUGAGGCCAACAACAACAACAACAACAACAACAUCAUCAUCAGCAGCAGCAGCAGCAACAACAACGACAACAACAGCGAUAACAAUAAACGAGGCAACAACAAAGUGUCAGCAACAAAAGGCAAAGGCGUUGAGCCAUGCCCAUUAUUGGAAAUACCCGUCAGACUCAACAGAUUUGCAUAGCUAAAGACGCCGACCGAAGGAUGUCACAAGGCAGGACAUGAGGCGAAUGCAAAAUGCUAACAAAGGCGACAAUAUUAACGCUAAAUGCGACGAUCCCAAUGUCUGAGCAGUGCUAAAGUGUGACAGAGACAGAGUGAACGACAAAGAGAGACAGCGAAAGAGAAAGAGCGAGAGCGAGAGAGUGUGAGGGCGAGAGAGCAUGCAGCUGCGGUAAGAGAGCAACAACAAAAGCAAACAAGGAUAUUAACGAGGACAAUCAGUCAAGAUGAGUGAUGAUCAAACGCUUGCAGCACAGAAUGAUGAUAAAGUUGCCAAACAGCAAGUCGUUGCCUACACGCAAAAGUCGCAGGUCAAGCACGAGAAUCGGCACAUUCAGCUGGUGCGCGAAUAUGGCUUCCAUCCGCGGACGAAGGCCUCCGUGGAGGAUGGCGAUGUGUUGCCACGAAAGUUUGAGCCGUUUCCGGAGGAUAUGUACGGCAAGCCGCUCGAGGAGAUUGACACCUUUAUAUAUGAGGAGACAUUUUGUGUGGUGUCGAAGCGUUUCCGAAAGAAUUAUAUACAUCGUUUUACUGGCACCAAAAGCCUAUUCCUCUUCCAUCCAUGGAGCCCAUGGCGACGAGUCUGUGUCUAUAUAGCAACAAAUCAAUUCUUCGACUACUGUGUAAUGGCAACUAUACUGUUUAACUGUAUAUUCCUAGCCAUGACAGAGACUGUGGAGGAAGCGGAAUAUAUCUUCCUGGCCAUUUACUCAAUUGAAAUGGUUAUCAAAAUCAUUGCCAAAGGCUUUUUGCUCAACAAAUACACCUAUUUGCGUAAUCCAUGGAAUUGGCUGGAUUUUGUUGUCAUCACUAGUGGCUACGCGACCAUCGGCAUGGAAGUGGGAAAUCUGGCCGGGCUGCGAACAUUUCGUGUGCUCCGCGCACUUAAAACGGUAUCCAUUAUGCCGGGCCUGAAAACGAUUAUCAAUGCACUGUUACAUUCGUUUCGCCAAUUGGCAGAGGUCAUGACCUUGACCAUCUUUUGCCUGAUGGUCUUUGCGCUGUUCGCCUUGCAGGUUUACAUGGGCGAAUUGCGCAACAAGUGCGUGCGAAAUGUGCCCACAGAUUGGACGAAUAUAUCGCAUCUGGAUUGGAAAAUCUGGGUAAAUGACACGGACAAUUGGCUGUACGAUGAGGACGAGAUGCCGACGUUAUGUGGCAAUCUGACAGGCGCUCGUCAUUGUCCGAUGGGCUAUAUGUGCAUCUGUGUUGGCGAUAAUCCCAAUCAUGGCUAUACGAAUUUCGACAACUUUAUGUGGUCCAUGCUGACAACGUUUCAAUUGAUUACGUUGGACUAUUGGGAGAAUGUAUACAAUAUGGUUCUAGCUACGUGUGGUCCAAUGAGCGUUACAUUUUUUACAGUGGUUGUGUUUUUUGGCUCUUUCUAUUUAAUCAAUUUGAUGCUGGCUGUUGUGGCCUUGAGCUACGAGGAGGAGGCGGAAAUUACAAAUGAGGAGCGCAAAAAGGAUUUACUGGAUCAUCGAGAUGAUUCCACUUUUAGCUUUGAUCCUUCAGUGCUGAAUGUCAAGAAGCUCAAUAAAAACAAUAAGAAGAAAAUUGAUUCACGCAAAGGCGUGCUGCUCGCCUCCUACAGCAAAAAGAAGACGCGGCGAAAAAAGGGAAAAGCAGGCAAAGACAAUAUCAGCAUUGGCAAUGGCAACGGCAAUGGCAAUGGCAAUGAUCAUGGCAAUGGUAAUGGUAAUGGCAAUGGCAGCAAUGGCAAUGAUCAUGAGCGAUCUAAAGUGCACUCGGCUACGCCGAGUCCAGGACGGAGUCCGCGGCACAGCACCACGGAUCGUCCUUCGGCUUUGGCGCUGCAAGCACAGCAGCAAUACCAGCAAAUGGAGCAACAGCAGAAGCAGCAGCAGCAACAGAAACAGCUUGUUCAAAGCGAAGCAGCUGCAACAUCGCAGCAGCGAACACGCAUCAGCUUUAGAGAGGGUAGCGUUAAGAAUCCCAAUAUGCUGUAUCCCUCUGACUAUAAGGGCCAGCUAAUCACAAGCAGCCGCCAGACGAGUUCCAAUUCAAGUGGAGGCGUCAAUCGGGAAUCCUCUCAAGAUGAUUCGGGCGUGGUGGACGAUCACGACGAACAGGAAACGGGCAACGAAAUGGGUCAUGUCUCUACAGUGGAGCUGGCUCUAUCGCCACGCGAGGUGCGCCUAAUCAAAUGCAAUGGCAACAUAGCGCGCAUUAAGAAUCACAAUGUCUAUGCGCUGCAUCAGGAAUUCUCCUCCGAAGUGGUCGUCAUUGAUGAUCUGCCUGAUCGCAAUUGUGAUCGCUGCGUGCACUGCUGCGCGGAUUACGAGAGCUGGCUGCAAUUCCAGAAUUGCCUUUAUAAGGUGGUGCGUGAUCCGCUCUUCGAGCUGGCUAUUACGCUGUGCAUUGUGCUAAACACCGCAUUUCUGGCCAUGGAACAUCAUGGCAUGAGCGAAAGCUUUCGCAAUGCCUUAGAUGUGGGCAACAAGGUGUUCACAUCCAUUUUCACCUUCGAGUGCAUUGUGAAGCUAAUGGCUCUAUCCAAAGAGUUCUUUCUAUGUGGUUGGAACAUCUUUGAUUUGAUUAUUGUCACUGCCAGCCUGCUUGAUAUCAUUUUCGAGCUAGUUGAUGGUCUGAGUGUGCUGCGCGGUCUACGCUUGUUGCGUGUACUGAAACUUGCGCAGUCUUGGACGACGAUGAAGGUGCUGUUGAGCAUCAUUAUAUCGACAAUUGGUGCGCUCGGCAACCUCACGUUGAUCCUUGUUAUAGUCAUCUAUAUAUUCGCUGUGAUUGGCAUGCAAUUGUUUUCCAAAGAUUAUACACCCGAAAAGUUUGAUCCUGAUCCGGUGCCCAGAUGGAACUUCAAUGACUUCUUCCACUCUUUCAUGAUGAUCUUUCGCAUUUUGUGUGGCGAAUGGAUUGAACCACUAUGGGAUUGUAUGCGUGCCGAAGAGGAGCAAGGUGCUUCCACAUGCUUUGCCAUCUUCUUACCCACUUUGGUGAUGGGAAAUUUUAUGGUUUUAAAUUUGUUCUUGGCUCUGUUGCUCAACAGCUUCAAUUCCGAGGAGCUGAAAUCUAAGAAAGAGAUUUUCAAGAAAAAGGAGGUGGGCGAGGAGUCCAAGCUGGCUCGCAGCAUAGAACGCGUGCGUGAUUUGAUAAGAAAGAAGCGGCAGGAGCGCAAGGAUCGUAAGGAGCGUAAAUUUGCAGAAAAGUUUCAGCAAAUCGUGCUCGAGGCACAGCAGCAGGCGCACUCUGGAACGGUGGCAGUGAGAGAAAUUGAUAAGCCAGGUCUGCUGGAGGAAACAAAAUUUCAUAGAUUAAGCUAUCAGGAAUCUAUGAAUCGUCCCGUUUCCGGCUCCGAUUUUGGCUUUCAAAUUCCACUCAACGAUGGCCUGCACACCAUAGUCGAUGGCCUGGAAUAUGAUGAGGAGCCAGCAGCACAGCAUCAGCAGCAACCUGUAGCUGAUUCCCUGCCACCCACAUAUGAGUGCGCCAUGCUGCACGCCUCGAGCAAUGGCGUUGCCUCCAAUCUAACGCCCGUGGCGGCUGCUGAUCGCAGCCGAUUACAGCAUCAAAUCUCCUCGGGCGUGGGCACACAACAGAAUGAUUCGCUGCAGAACGAUUCGGCGACAUAUACGGAAUCCAUUGAGCUGCGUCUGCUGGGCCAAUACAAUUCCACAGAUACAGAUCCGUACGCCUAUGCAGCGGAUCAGCGCAGCGGCUCGCUGCAAGACACCGACGAAGCCUUCAUCAAGUAUCAGAAAUCGCUGCUAACACGUUCGCCUAGCUAUCGCAAAUCCCUCGAUCGUCUAUCCCAAUCCAGCGGGCAGUCGCAACGCUCUCUGUUGCCCUCGCGCAGUCUCAAAUCCGAGGAGAGUGCCAUGCGAAGACACUCCAGUGGGCACUCGCUCAACUCCAUUUCACUGGAGCAGGAUGAGCUGCUGUCACAGCAGGCGAAUUUGCGCGAGGAGCUGCUCAAUUGCGAUCAGAAGGAAUUGUUUCAGUUUCUGCAAGAGGACGAAGAGCUCUUGGGCAAGAAGAAGCCCACGACGACAAGCAGCAUCAAGUCGAAUCUUAGCUAUAUCUCCAAUUCCAUAAUGCAAACCCUGGACUCGAGGCACAGUGGCAGCCAUUCCAAUGGCCAGCAGGAAAGCGAGCCGCUGAUGGAACAGCACUCUGAAUUUGACAAUAUCAUACAGAGUUUCGAAAAAGAAUUGGAAGAGAUUAAGCGCUCGACUAGCUCGCUGGAGAGAAAGAUUUCAACACUCUCCGAGCCUUCGCCUGCAGCGGAUGAAGCAACCAAAGCGAUCAUGGAUCACAUAGCGAUCAUAACUGGCGCCUCGGAACGCACAGCUGCCGAUGAGGUAGUGCAUCCAUUGAAUCCCUACGAUAGCUACGAUCUGUCCACUGUGCCCCGACGCUCUCAAUCUGUCAGCGCUGCCGCCCAGCGACAAUCCGUAAAGCUCAAACGGCGUAGCUUAGAGAAGCAGCGCAAGAUCGACGAAGACUUUAGCAUAUCGAAUGAAAUACGCAAAAUCUGUGAUCAAAUACACGCCCCCUUUGCCGCAAUGGAGGCGCUGGCUGUAGCGGCGACCAGCGGCAGCCAUCAAUCCGGCAGCCAGUCGCCCUUCAUGAGACGGAAGAACGAUCCAUUUAGCGUGCAGUUCGAUCGAUUCAAGCGGCUGUCGCUGAUUGAGCGCGUCGAGGAGCUGCCCGAGGAGGAUAAGCCCAUAUCGACGCUGCGCAUUGAAUCGGAGAAGAUGCCGCGCAAGUUUCUUAACAGCGACAAACUGCGCAUGGACAGCCUCUCGCUGAAGAGCACCAAUUCGUAUGAGAACCUACUGAUACAGAAGCAAAUGUGUAGGGAUGCUGCCAAGCAGCCAGCCACGCCGCCCACGUCUUUGAAAUCGAGCAUUGAGCCGCCGACACUGGCGCAAAUUUCAUCGCUGAAAGCAACACCGCCGCUGGCUGCUUUGACUGAGCACCAGCAGCACUAUCAUGCGACAAGCAUACAGCAAACCACAACGCAAGCUGCCACAGCAGUAACAGCAACAGCAGCAACAACAACAAAGGCUGCGAGCACGGCUGUGAGUAGUAAACAACGCCGUGCCGAGCAUCCACAAUCGACAUUAGACAAAGCCGCUUCCUUUCAAUCGGCACGCACCGAGUCGCACAGCUCCGGCACAGCUUCACAUUUAGCUCUGCCCGGAAUGGGCAGCAGCAACAACACCAACAAUCGCCAGCAAGAGUUGCUUAGAGCUUCGAGCAGCGAGAAGACUGAGCCGUCGUUAAGCAAACCAUCGACGUUUGCACGACUCACCGAAAAACCAUGGCAUUGUCUGGUAUCCUACGUAGACGAUCUCACUGUCGGUGGGAGACGUAACUCGCAGGGCGCCUACAAUGAUCCCAUGACUUUUCCAAGCUUUGGCCAGGCAAAGCCGCCAAAAGUGCCAGACGAUUGUUUUCCACAAAAGUGCUACGAGCACCUGUAUUUCCGUUGCCCCUGGUUCAUGUCCUGCAUGGAUACGCCGAGUGCCAAGCAUUGGACACGCGUGCGUACGGCUGUCUUGACGGUUGUCGAUACUCCAGCCUUUGAGUGGUUUGUGCUAGUGUUGAUCUUUGCGUCUAGUAUUACGCUCUGCUUCGAGGAUAUCUAUUUGGAUAGCAAUAAGACUUUAAAGCGUGUGCUCUAUUGGACCAAUUUCUCCUUCUGUCUCAUCUUCGUCGUGGAAAUGGUGCUCAAGUGGUUGGCUUUGGGAUUUUCCAAAUAUUUCACCAGCUUUUGGACUAUACUCGACUUCAUUAUAGUUUUUGUUUCGGUUUUCUCGCUACUCAUUGAAGAGAAUGAGAAUCUUAAGGUUCUGCGUUCUUUGCGCACUCUGCGCGCGUUACGUCCGCUGAGAGCCAUCUCUAGGUGGCAAGGAAUGCGGAUUGUAGUAAAUGCUCUCAUGUAUGCAAUACCAUCAAUUUUCAAUGUACUUUUGGUUUGUUUAGUUUUUUGGUUAAUUUUCUCAAUAAUGGGUGUACAAUUCUUUGGUGGUAAAUUUUUCAAAUGCGUCAAUGAGUUGGGCGAAUUGCUGCCGAUUACUGAGGUCAACGAUAAAUGGGAUUGCAUUGAGCAAAACUAUACGUGGAUCAAUUCGAAGAUCACCUUUGAUCAUGUCGGCAUGGGCUAUUUGGCUCUACUGCAGGUGGCCACCUUUGAGGGCUGGAUGGAGGUGAUGGCGGAUGCUGUGGAUGCGCGCGGCGUCGAUUUGCAACCUCAGCGCGAGGCCAAUUUAUAUGCGUAUAUUUAUUUUGUUAUCUUUAUUGUGUGCGGAUCGUUCUUUACACUCAAUCUAUUCAUUGGAGUUAUCAUUGAUAAUUUCAAUAUGCUCAAGAAGAAGUAUGAAGGAGGAGUGUUGGAAAUGUUUCUCACCGAAUCUCAAAAACAUUAUUACACCGCUAUGAAAAAAUUGGGACGAAAGAAACCACAGAAAGUUAUUAAGCGACCUAUAAAUCAUUUUUUAGCUAUGUUUUAUGAUUUAUCCAAUUCGAGAAGAUUCGAAAUAGCGAUCUUUGUACUGAUUUUUCUAAAUAUGCUUACAAUGGGCAUUGAGCACUACGAUCAGCCCCAUGCUGUGUUCUUUAUACUAGAAGUGAGCAAUGCAUUUUUCACCACGGUCUUUGGACUAGAGGCCAUAGUCAAGAUUGUGGGUCUGCGCUAUCAUUACUUCACGGUGCCUUGGAAUGUCUUUGACUUCCUGCUGGUGUUGGCCUCCAUCUUUGGCAUACUCAUGGAAGACAUCAUGAUUGAUUUGCCCAUCAGUCCGACGCUGUUGCGUGUGGUGCGCGUCUUUCGCAUUGGCCGCAUCCUGCGUCUCAUCAAGGCGGCCAAAGGCAUACGCAAGCUCCUAUUUGCUUUGGUCGUCUCGCUGCCCGCCCUCUUCAACAUUGGCGCCCUGCUCGGCCUCAUCACAUUCAUCUAUGCCAUAUUGGGCAUGUCGCUGUUUGGACAUGUCAAGCUGCAAGGCGCGCUGGAUGACAUGGUGAACUUUCAGACGUUCGGCCGUAGCAUGCAAUUGCUGUUCCGUCUGAUGACGUCGGCAGGCUGGAAUGAUGUGCUGGAGUCGCUAAUGAUACAGCCGCCGGAUUGUGAUCCGUUCUUCAAUAGGCAAACGAACGGCGAUUGCGGCCAUCCGCUGCUGGCGAUCACCUACUUUACGAGCUUCAUAAUAAUCAGUUAUAUGAUUGUGAUUAACAUGUACAUUGCCAUCAUUCUGGAGAACUUCAAUCAGGCGCAUCAGGAAGAGGAGAUUGGCAUCGUUGAAGACGAUUUGGAAAUGUUUUACAUACGCUGGUCCAAAUAUGAUCCACAUGCCACCCAAUUUAUACACUUCUCGCAACUGUCCGAUUUUAUUGCCUCACUCGAUCCACCAUUGGGCAUCUCGAAGCCCAAUAAUGUCGCUUUAGUGUCAUUUAAUCUACCCAUCUCGAAGGGUAAUAAAAUACACUGUCUCGACAUUUUGCACGCGCUAGUUAAGCACGUGCUAGGUCAUGUCGAGGAGACCGAUAACUUCAAACAGUUGCAGGAACAAAUGGAUGUCAAGUUCAAGAAACAGUUUCCAACACGAAAAGAAUUGGAAAUUGUUUCAUCAACACGGAUCUGGAAGCGCCAGGAAAAGGCAGCAAAGACCAUACAGACCGCAUGGAAGGACUAUUUGCGGCGCAAGAGUGAAAAGGAACGCUCCAAUUCGGGCGAUAGCGCUACGCAAAACUCUAGUCCAGGCGGCUGGCAAUCGAAGCUCUCCGCGCUCAACUUCUUCCAUCUGCAGGUAAGCCGUCGUGGCACUGCCUGCUCCAGUCGCGCCUCCUCGCGCAAGUCCUCACGCGCCUCGGAUGGCUCUGAUCUGAGUGAACUCGCUGGGCCUUGGCUAAAUUUGCCUUUGAUGCUCGUCUCUGGUGCGGAUGAUGUAGUCAAGGAUAUCAAACAGCAAAGCGAUGAACUGGGCAAACGCGGUAGCAUAUUUGUGGAAGCGCCUCGAGCAACUCGUCGCCGAAGCUUUUAUAAUUUCUUUUUGCGUCAUCAGGAUGCUGUCGAUGACAGCUUAACCUCACCUUCAGUACAUAGAAAAACAGCAAUGAACACCAGCAACAACAACACAACCUCAAUCUCCACAUCCGGCACAUCUGCCUCCGCCUCUACCUCUGCCUUCGUCUCUGCUAGCGCCUCUACCGUUGAAAGCGACAAGCAAACGCAACACCAUCAACAGAUGGCGCCAACUCCAACGCGUAAGCGCGCCUCUAGUUUUAUACGCAAGAAACCGCCCCUAGAAAGAGGUUUGUCAGCACAAAGCGCUUUAAGAGUUAACAAGAACGCUUAUGUCUCGGAUGCCCCGGCACCGGAGGUGAUUGUGACGAAACCAUCGCCAGAGCAGCAAAAACAUCCGCAUGUCCAUGCGCUCAGCCUACGGCCGGACAAUGCGACGCUCGUUCAUGUACUGGUGCAUCGUGAGAGCGAGGAGUACAAGGAGGACGAUGAAUGCAGCCUCUCCUCCCCGGGCCAAGGCUCAGCAAAUGGCAGUGGCCAUGACAAGCCGAAACCGCCGCAAAUACGCAUCAACACUGGCUCAAUGGAGAGCGGAAUGGAUGCCUGCCUAAUGCCCACAGUGCAGAUAAUGGUCGACAGCCCAAAGGAGCCGCCUCGCGGCGACUUCAGUGCUGCCUAUACACCGACUGUCGAUGUGGAUGCGCCCAUUGAUGUGAAUGUACAAGGAGAUACAUCGCAAGUGUUUUACGAAUACAAUCCCGAGUCGAAUGUGGAUAAUAGCAAUGAUAUACAGCCCAUGGAUGCAAAGCUGCCGGAUACCGACGAUAAGCAGAGAUGACCUUCAGUUAAUGUGGCAGAGCCAGAUAAGGAACAGAAGCAAGAGAAGCGUUCAAGCAGCAGCAGCAGCAGUAAAACGAGCAGCUGCAGCAGCAUUAACAGCAACAGCAGCAGCAGCAGCACCUCAUCAGCUAGCCAGUCAAAUGGACAGCGUCCAAGUUGACAAACUCCAGUCUGAGAGCAAUUUUCACGUGCAUUUUGGAAGAGUACUUAUAAAUGCUUAGACCUAGGAACGGGGCAAACGUUUUUGUCCCACUUGUUAUUCUAGUCGACUAUAUAUAUACACAUAUAUAUAUAUAUAAAGUUGCUUUAUAAGAUACUUAGACAGAACUAUCCAAUGUUUACAUCAUUCUAUACACAUACAUAUAUAUUUAAGCCUUGGCAACAGUGCGCUGUGCGUCCAGCCAAGUCUAGCCUAGCCUAGUCUUAGAACUAGAAUUAGCUUAGUUUUAACAAGAAAAUCAAUAUAAACUCUGUGUUAACAAAACGUGCAUUAUACCGUACAAGUGCGUACACGUUGUAAUACUCAAAAAUCAAAUCAAAUAGAAAACACUAACAUUAACAUAAACAUAAACAGUAAAACUUAACAGUAACAUUAACAUUAUAUAUGAUAGAUGUAUGUAUAAUUAGAUACUAGUUAAAACGGUUGGAUUUUCGUUAUGACAGUCAGUCAGUCAGUCAAGUGGCUUUAUCAGCCGAUUUCGAAAGAUAUUUUAAAGGUUGUUUUUAAUUAUACAAUACGAAUACAAAUACAAAUACGAUACGAAACAUUCUUACAUGGGUAUAUAUACAUAUAUAUCGAUAUAUACAUACAUAACUUAACAAUCGCGUUGUAGACAUAGGCUUAGAGUUUGUUUUUCUUCAAUGCAAUACAUACAUAAACAUAUAUAUACGUAUAUUGUAUACUACGAUAUAUGUAUAUGUAUAUAUAUAUUUUGUACAUAUGCCAAAGGAAGUAUUUUAAAGCUAAUUAUUAGAGAGUAUUCAUAGUAAUAUAUUAAAAGAAUUAGUUAGCGAGAAUCGAAUUGAAAUAUUUAUGAGAAAAGAAAGAAAGAAUUUCCCUACUUUUUCCCUACAUUUUUGUGUUUGUUUAUUUUGAUUUGAUAGCUUAAGCAUAUAGUACAAAGGAGAAGUAUUAAGAAUUGUAGUUUUCAAUACUCUUUGCAAACUAUCUCACAACUAUUUCUCAGAACUCAGAAAUUUCCAGAUCUCAAAACUAAAAAAAAGCCAAAAAUACAAAUAAUGUCAAGUGAUUUAGAAUUCCAAAAAGUAAACUAAAGCAAUUUAAACAGAAUCAUCUAAUAGCUAAGACCCAAUCGGGUGUUAUUACAUAUUCCAUAUGCCACAUACGAUAUCUAUGACACAGUAACACUUGUCUGAUAAUGUUUUCUUCUUUCUGUAACCAAAAUAAGCAGCCAGUUUGAACCGCAGUCCUACCUAAGCAAUGUGCAUUGAUACUACCUACGCUAUAUCGAAUAUAUACCAUUAGGGCAUAAAAUGAUUUUAUUUAGUAUUUAAAAAGAAGAAAGGAAUUUCUUACAUAUUAUAUGUAUAUAUAUUGAAUUGUGAAAUCAAAAUUUGCAUAAAUGCUCUUCUAUACAAGCUUCCACAAAAUGACAUUUGAUAUCAUGUAUAUAUAUAUGAUAUACUAUACAUUGAAAAUAUACACUAUAUACUAUUUUAUUAGGCCUAGGCCACGUUUCAAAGAAACAAAAGUGAAUUAUGUUUAGUUUAGCUGCAUGCAAUCAAUCAUAUGUUAAGUUUUUAAUGAGCCCCCUCCUACACGCGCCCACUCAUCUAAUAUACAUGUACUAUAUAUAUAUAUAUAUAUAUAUAUAUAUAUAUAUCUAUCUAUCUAUAUACAACAGACAAUCAGACAGACGAUUGAUCGUAAAUUGAAAUUAUGGUACCAACUACAAAUCGUUUUCUCCAGAA